UUCGGCGUACUUUUCUUCUAGCCCCGCUACGGCAAGUCGUUGCAGCACGUCUCUUCCAAUUUUCCAUCUCCUCCUCCUCCACCUACAUCUCACGCUCUCCCACGAGCUUUUCCCCAUCGCUCUCCUCCGCGGCUCCCCCUCCGAUCUCCGCCGUCCGCCGCCGUCCGCCCGCCGUCCGCCGCCGUGAGGAUCCGGGGGAAGUCCGUUUCCCGGCCCGUCCCGUCCCGCCUCCCCUCCGUCCGAUCUCGAGAGACGCGCUCUCCCUCCCUCCCGCCGUCGCCGCCAGGAUGAGAGUGGAGGAGCGGCUAGGGCUGGUGCGGCUGGCCGUCGCCGUGUGGCUGCUGCUGCUGUGGGGCGGCUGCGAGGGGCGGUUCGUGGUGCAGAAGAACAGCCUGAAGGUGACGAGCCCGAACUCGAUGAAGGGCGCGCACGAGUGCGCCAUCGGGAACUUCGGCGUCCCGCAGUACGGGGGCACGCUCGUCGGCACCGUGGUGUACCCGUCGGCGAACCAGCACGCGUGCAAGGAGUUCCGCGAGUUCGACCUCAGCUUCAAGACGAAGCCCGGCGGGUUGCCGGUCUUCGUCCUCGCCGAUCGGGGAGAUUGCUACUUCACGUUGAAGGCGUGGAAUGCCCAGAAUGGUGGAGCAGCUGCCAUUCUUGUUGCAGAUGAUAGAGAAGAACCGUUGAUCACCAUGGACGUUCCUGAAGAACAGAAAGCUGAUGCUGAUUAUCUUGAGAAAAUCACUAUUCCAUCGGCCCUUAUCCGCAAAAACUUGGGUGAUAGCAUAAAGAAAGCUUUGUCUGGUGGUAAUAUGGUUAACCUCAAUCUCGAUUGGACUGAGGCUCUUCCUCAUCCUGAUGAGCGGGUUGAGUAUGAAUUCUGGACAAAUAGCAAUGAUGAGUGCGGGCCAAAAUGCGACGGUCAGAUUGACUUUGUUAAGAACUUUAAAGGAGCAGCGCAAAUUCUUGAGCAGAAAGGGUAUACUCAGUUCACCCCUCACUAUAUAACUUGGUUCUGCCCAGAAGCCUUUCUUUUGAGCAAACAGUGCAAGUCACAGUGCAUCAAUCAUGGGAGAUACUGUGCUCCUGAUCCUGAGCAAGAUUUUAGCCGAGGAUAUGAUGGAAAGGAUGUUGUAGUACAGAAUUUACGCCAAGCUUGUUUCUUCAAAGUGGCAAACGAAAGUGGAAAGCCAUGGCUUUGGUGGGACUAUGUGGCUGACUUUUCGAUCCGUUGCCCAAUGAAAGAGAAAAAGUACACAAAGGAAUGUGCAGAGCAAGUUAUAAAGUCUCUUGGUGUCGAUCUCAAGAAGAUAGAUGAAUGCAUAGGCAACCCUGAUGCUGACGAGAACAAUCCAGUUCUUAAAGCUGAACAAGAAGCACAGAUUGGCAAGGGUGCUCGUGGAGAUGUAACUAUUUUGCCGACUCUUGUCAUAAAUAAUGGACAGUAUCGAGGUAAGUUAGACAGAAUAGCGGUCUUGAAGGCCAUCUGCUCUGGUUUCCAGGAGACCACUGAACCAGCCAUCUGUCUUAGUCAAGAAAUUGAGACAAAUGAGUGUUUGGAGAACUAUGGUGGCUGCUGGCAGGACGAGACUGCUAAUAUUUCUGCAUGCAGGGAUACAUUCCGGGGAAGAGUAUGUGAAUGCCCUACAGUGCAAAAUGUGAAGUUUGUUGGUGAUGGUUAUACUCACUGUGAAGCUUCUGGAGCAUUGCGCUGUGAAAUCAACAACGGGGGAUGCUGGAAGGAGUCGCGAAAUGGCAAGACAUACUCUGCUUGCAUUGAUGAUCACACAAAAGGCUGCAAAUGUCCUCAUGGAUUUCGGGGAGAUGGAGUCAACUCUUGCGAUGAUGUGGACGAGUGCAAAGAGAAACUGGCAUGCCAGUGCCCGGAAUGUAAAUGCAAGAACGUCUGGGGUAGUUAUGAGUGCAGCUGCAGCGGCGGUUUAUUAUACAUGCAGGAACAUGACAUGUGUAUCAAUAAGAAUACUCGUACUGAGUAUAGCUGGGGCUUCAUCUGGACUAUCAUUUUGGGUUUGGCUGCUGCCGGAGUGGCGGGCUAUGCAGUUUACAAGUACAGAAUCAGGAGGUACAUGGAUUCUGAGAUAAGGGCGAUCAUGGCUCAGUACAUGCCGCUGGAUAAUCAGGGCGAGAUACCUAGUCAUACUCAUGCCUCCCGUGGGAGCGUCUGAAAGCGGCAGACAUCUGUGUAGCGUGAGAGGAAGAAAACUAUGAAGUCACUCAUCAUCGCCUAAUUCCAGACCCUCUUCGCGUGAAAUCAAGCGCUAGUGGUCUUGCCGUCUGAUCGACCCUGUGCUAUGCGCCGAGGCUGCUUUUCGGUCAUCAUGUGACCGUUUAAUUAGAAGAGAGUUACUGUUUUGUAAAUGUCUUAACCUUUAUCUGGCUUUACACAGAUUCAAGCGAUACCACAAAUCAUCCUUAGUCUAAUUAGCAAAAUAAUGGUCUCGCUUGUGAUACGUCGAUCCUGUCCCUUCUCUCAUUGGGUUUCCUGGGGAGCAUGAUUCGUUUGACUUAUGUCCGUGCUUGUUGUGGUAGGCUUAAUUAUGUCGCGUUCUCUAGAUAGGUUUCAUGUAUUAGGGACGAGAAGUAGACAUUCGUUACCUGUAAUGUUCUUCACCCAACGAGAAAUGGAUUCCUAUGUGCCAAUUUUCGCA